GUCAGUCAGACUUCGAGUUGCCUAUGCCAAACAUAUUUAGCUGGAAACACAUUUGAUCGAGUUAGACAAAAAGCAGCAGAAUGGAACGACUGCGGUCCUCGCAAAGCCGCGAAGUGCGCAUCGGCAACUACAAGGUGGUGCGCAAGAUCGGCUGCGGAUCCUUUGGCGAUAUAUACCUGGGCAUCUACAUCCACAGCGGGGAGCGGGUGGCCAUCAAGGUGGAGAGCAGCAAGGUGCGCCAUCCGCAGCUGAACUACGAGAGGCGACUCUACCGGGCUCUGAGGCCCGCACCCGGCCUGCCAAGGAUUAGGUACUUCCACAAGGAGCAGCACUACCAGGCGAUGGUGAUGGAUCUGCUCGGACCGUCGCUGGAGCGGCUCUUUCAGUUCUGCGAGAGGGCCUUCACCAUCAAGACCGUGCUGCUGCUGGCCGAGCAGAUGCUGCGCCGGGUGGAGUACGUCCACAACCGGGGCUUCCUGCACCGCGACAUCAAGCCGGACAACUUCCUGAUGGGCCUGGGCACCAUGUCCAAGCAAGUGUACCUGAUCGACUUCGGGCUGUCCAAGAAGUUCCUGGACAUAACCACCGGCGUGCACAUACCCUAUCGCGAGGAGCGCUCCCUGACGGGCACCGCCCGGUACGCCUCCAUUGGCGCUCAUGCGGGCGUCGAGUCCGCCAGGCGGGAUGACAUGGUGGCCGUGGGCUAUGUCCUCAUGUACUUCAAUCGCGGCUCCCUGCCGUGGCAGGACCUGAAGGCGUCCACCAAGCAGCAGAAGUACGAGCGCAUACAUGAGAAGAAGAUCUCGGUGAGCAUCGAGGUCCUGUGCGAGGGCUUUCCCUGCGAGUUCACCAUGUACCUGAACUACUGCCGCGGCAUGGGGUUCUACGACAAGCCCGACUACGACUUCAUCUGCCGCAUGUUCCGAAUGCUGCGGAAUGGGCUCAAUCUGCGGCCGGGUCUCAUCUACGACUGGGACAUGCUGAUGAUGAAGUUCCACAACACGCAGAAGAAUCCCGGCAUUGGAAUGCGCGUGUUUCCGCCCAAGCAGAAGGAAGAUGACGGGGUCAGCGGUGAGCCGAUCAUCAAGGAUGAGAAGUGCAACUUCUGGUCCUGAGUGGUUGGCAUCCGUCGAGUUUCCAGCCUCAAAUUGGAUGAAACGCAGUGUUUAAUUAAAAGUCGCCCCAAAUGAAUUUGAUCUGCGCCUGGAACGAGGACCACAGGAUUAUGUUCUCCCAAAUACUACAUUUAUAAAUUGCAUGUGUAAGAAAUGAAGGGGCAAAGAAAAUAUAAAUUGCAAGCGCUUCUAUGAUGUUUAA